GGUCAAUAAAAUGAAAAUGUUUAUAUAAUGGCAUAUGUUAUUGGAGUUGACCUUGGAAGUACAACUUUAACUUGUAAAAUAUACAACAAAGAUGGAAAUUCAAUUUCUUUUGCUUCAGAAAAGGUCCCGUAUUUGUACCUAACUCAUGGAGCUGUUGAAAUUGACCCAGAUGAUUUAUGGGAUUUGUUUUUAAAAGUUGUUAAAGAAGCUAUUAAGAAGAGUUGUCUAGAACCAAAUGCUUUUCAAUGUAUUGGUAUUUCAUGUCAGCGAUCAACAAUUAUUCUAUGGGAUAGAAAAACAGGGAGUUCUUAUUGCAAUUUUAUUAGUUGGCAGGACACAAGGUGUGCUGGAGUCACCAUUUCUUACAACCAAAGUUGGAUGCUAAAGGGAAUCAACAUGAUUGGUUUUUUUCUGUAUACAUUGUGCAGACACAAGAUGUUCUUGCUCAUGAAAGUUCUUAAGUUCAAAGUAAAUUCUGGCUCUAUGAAACUUGCUUGGCUCUUGGAAGUAAAUCCGAAGUUAAAGGAAAUGUUAACUGAAGGAAAGUUGUCUUUUGGUUCUAUUGACACCUGGUUCAUUUGGAAACUCAGUAAAGGAAAGUUAUACGUAACUGAUCCAACUAAUGCAAUCGGAACAGGUUUAUGGAACCCAUUCAGUAAUGAUUGGGAACUCAGGCUUUUUGGUUUGCCAAAUAGUGUGAUGCCUUCUGUAAUGGAAACAAGUCAGUUUUUCUGCAAAAUAGAUUAUGAUGUUUUUGGUUCUUCACUUUCUUUAAAUUCAGUUGUUUCCGAUGUAGCAGCAGCUUCCUUUGCUCAGUGUUGUUUUAAUAUGGGUGAAAUUAGCUGUAUAAUGGGGACUGGAUGUUUUUUGUCAAUUAAUUGUGGUUCCUAUUUACAGGCAUCUAUGACUGGAUUAUAUCCACAAGUUGCAUGGAAGAUCAACAAUGAGUAUAAGUACACCUGUGAAGCUAUGGUAUCUGGAAUAGCUUCAAGCAUUGAAUGGGCAAAAAAUAUUGGAUUAUUUGAUGAUGUAUCAAAAACAUCUGAAAUUGCUUUUUCAGUAAAUGAUAGCGGUGGAGUUUACUUUGUACCUGGUUUCUAUGGGCUUUCUUUGCCUUACAACGACCCCUAUUCUUGUGGAGGAUUUAUUGGAAUUUCUAACCAUACUACUAAAUCACAUAUGGUGAGGGCAAUUUUGGAAUCAAUAGCAUUUAGAUUAUAUGAAACAUAUCAAUUGGCUUUGGGAGAAUCGACUUUUACUUUUAAAGAUGUUAUUAAAGUGUGUGGUGGUGUAUCCAAUAAUAAUUUUAUUUUGCAAUUGAUGAGCUCAUUAACUGGAUGCGUUAUUGAACGAUCAAGCGAUUCUGAGAUGUCCGUUCUUGGUGCAGUUUAUUUAGCAGGAUUAAGUCACGGUGUUUGGAAGAAUAAAGAAGAAAUAAAAAAUAUGAGCCAGCCGUCUAGUGUUUUUGUUCCUGAUAUCAAAAUACAAAGUUGUUAUAGUAAAACAUAUAUAACAUGGGUAAAAGCAGUUAAAAGGUGCAUGAAUUGGUAUCAUAGUUAAUGUAAAAAAAUAUCAAAUCUUUAUGUUCUUUAUUUUGUAAUAUAUAUUUUUUACGAUUUUCUUUUUAUUGAGAGAGUUUAUAUUUUUUUAUUUAACGACAUUUGUAUAUCUUUGUUAAUUGUAUGACGGCAAAUUUUUGAAGACUAGUUUUUUUACUUAUUUAUUUUGCUUUUUUACUUGUUUUUGUUCUGUUAUUGAUAUAUUUCAGCUUUUUUUAUGUUUUAUUGUUUUUUUGUUAUUUGUAACGGUUUUAACUUUCUGAAACAAUUUGUAAAAUCAGCAAAUAUAUAUUUUUCUGAAAGUUUGACUCGCAAAAGCCGUUUUACUUGGGUUCAUUCAUAUUUAGUAAAACAAUUUUUUUUUACAUAAUAUUAAUAUAUCAAGGUUAUUUUUAGAGAAAAAUUUUUUAUUGAUAUGUGAAACCUCUGCAAGAGUUUAUGAAUUUUAGGUUAUGGGAUUUUUUGCCAGCUAUUCUCGCUUAUCUACGAAGCAAAAAAUAUAUGUUGGUUUAUUCGGAAUAGCUUUUUCUUUAGUUGGUCCUAUCGUAAUGCAAAGAUUUUUCGAUGAGCUAUCUGUUUUAAAAGAAAAAGAUCGUUUGUUUGAGAAAGAGAUUUUAAAAGACAGAAAAUCUAAAAUAGAGACUAUUGAAAAACAACACGAAAAAGAGUUAAAGAACCUGAAAGAUUGAAAGCACUCAGUUUAAUGUAUUAAAUGUAUUAAAUUGCUCUAAGAAAUUUUAUCCAAAUGAAAAUUUUAAAAAAUUUACAAAGACAAAGAUCUUGAAAAAGUGUUUAGGGAGGCCAACGAGCAAGUUAUUUUGUUGUUUGUAAAACGUUGUUUAUAUAAAUUUAAUUUAAUAUCAA